AUGUCUGAAAGUGCACCAACUUCAAGUUCAGAACACGAGACUAGCCCGAUUCGAAGGAAAAAAGCUACAAGGGCUUGUUUUCAUUGUCAGAAAGCACAUUUGACUUGUGAUGAUUCUAGACCCUGUCAGCGAUGUAUCAAAAGAGAUUUAGCAGCAACAUGUACUGACGGAAUUCGCAAGAAGGCUAAAUAUUUACAAGAUUCAAAUUAUGAGGGCAAUAAUAACCUUGUGGACCCUUCAAUAUUUGGUCCCGGAGGUUAUCCUCUCGCACCGGCUAAUUAUGGUUUUGGUUCGGAAGCAGUUAAUCUUGAAUAUUCUAUUCUAAGUAAUAUGUUAUCAACGGCUUCUUCAGAAUCUAUAGGUACACAUCCGGGUCCUACUAUGGCAACAACGCCGACUAAUAAUAUUAACGGUGCCACGAUAGGGACUAAAAGAGAAAAUAGUGGAAAGAGAAAAUCACAAUCUAACACUCCUGAAAAUGUUUAUGCAAAUGUAAAGAAACCCUUUUCUUAUACGGAAGGUUUUCAUUCACUAGUAAAGUAUGUAAGAGAUAGAAUGGAUAAAGAUCACAUAGAACGAAUCGUUAGAGCAUUAGCUACUUUCAGACCAUCGUUUAUUGCACUUAUAAUGAAUCUCACCGAAGAAGAUUUAAUUUUUAUGGAAAAAUGCUUUCAAAGAACAAUAUUAGAAUUUGAGAAAUUAAUAAGUUUUUCUGGUACACCAACGGUAGUUUGGCGUAGAACUGGAGAAAUUGCUUUAGUGGGGAAAGAAUUUUCUUUGUUGACUCAAUGGACAAAAGAUCAAUUACUUGGAAAAACAACUUAUAUAUAUGAGGUUAUGGAUAAUCAAUCAGCUGUAGAAUAUUGGGAAAAGUUUGCUUCUCAUGCGUUCGAUAAUUCUAGACAAUCUGUUAUGACCACUUGUAUCCUAAUGAGGCCUACGGGUAUGCCAGUACCAUGUACUUUUUGUUUUACAAUUAAACGAGAUAUUUUUGAUAUCCCUUUGGCCAUAGUUGGGAAUUUUUUACCUAUUUUGAGUUGA